AUUGGUUCUGUUUUUGAGAUCAAAUACCAGCAGGGAAUGCUUGAAUUCGUAAAAAACUGAGAAUGGCAGAGAAGGAAUGAGAGCGAGAGAAAGCGGAGGAUAAAUGGAGCACCCAGCAGCCAAUGAGAGGCUGUGAUGGGACCGACACUGACACCCAGAGCAAAGCAGACCAGAGAUUUCUGACAUGGUGUCGACCCAGAUUGAUGAGAGGAAACUGAAGGGAGAGAGGACAGACAUAGACAGACUUGCGCCGCUGCUUCAGAAAACACAGAAUGUAUACCAAGGACAUUCAUCCUCUGAUGUGCCCACAAGAUAUUUUUUAAGGUGUUCUGCUGUAAAUAAGGUGUGUGGACCCAGUGUGCAGCACUAAUCUUAGAGCCGGGGGAGGGGAGCGAUUCUCCACAUACAUACAAACCCCCUUCUGCCAAUCAGAGAGAAAGACAGAGAGGGAGAAGGAGAGCAAGUGAAGGAACAGGGGAGACGGCAGAGAGACUGAAAAGAGGAAACAGCUCUAGCAGUUAUCUUGGGUGGACAGAGAGGAAGAAUUACACACAAAUACACACUGUCCAGCCACACGUUACAAGACGCUCCAGCCAGCGGAGGCGGAUAACCAGCCAGACGCCUCAUAUCUGCAGCUCCAGACCAAGAGGAUUCCUCUCUAAUUCUAUCCCAACUUCAUCCUAAGCUGGACCGCAAGCUUUAAGAGGAGAGACAGAAGAAGAGGGAAGUGCUUUGUAACUUCCUUGAAGGUGGUGAGAGUGUAAAGACAGACAGAGAGAGAGAGCAGGGGAAAACUCCCCCUCGCCCUCUCUCGACCCAGAUCACCGUCAGGCUGGCUGGCACAGCCAUGGCCUUCACCUUUGCGGCCUUUUGCUACAUGUUAACACUCGUGUUGUGCGCUGCCCUCAUCUUCUUCGUCAUCUGGCAGAUUAUUGCUUUUGAUGAGCUGCGCACAGACUUCAAAAAUCCCAUCGAUCAGAGCAACCCCACCAGAGCGAGGGAAAGAAUAUUGAACAUCGAAAGAAUCUGCAACCUCCUCCGAAGGCUGGUGGUUCCAGAGUAUUCCAUCCACGGCCUGUUCUGUCUGAUGUUCAUGUGUGCAGGAGAGUGGGUAACUCUGAGCCUUAACAUCCCCCUGCUCCUCUAUCACCUCUGGAGGUUUUUCCACCGUCCUGCAGAUGGGUCUGAGGUUAUGUAUGAUCCAGUGAGUGUGAUGAAUGCAGACAUUCUGAAUUACUGCCAAAAGGAGUCCUGGUGCAAGCUAGGCUUCUACCUUCUGUCCUUUUUCUACUAUCUGUACAGUAUGGUGUAUGCUUUGGUCAGCUUCUAAGUGAUCAAAUGAAGGACAGACGAUUACGAAAGAAAGGAGAAAAACGGCAGAAUAAAGACCGAACUAUGUCGCGCUCUCCUCUCCCUCAUCCACAAACCUUGUUCAGCUCCUCCUCAGAUCUCCUGGGUGGGGAUGGAUGAUGGACAGAUGUAGAAAAAGCUCAAGGAGGCAUUUAAAGCCAUCGAUGUAAAGCUGCCUCAAUCACUGCCAUUAAAAAAAUAACAAGUGGAGAGGUGGACCAAAAGAAAAUGAGUGCAAUAGACAGAGAGAAAUAUGGUGAACAAAAGGCUCAGGCAGUGCAGAUGUUUUGUAAUACCAUUUAAUUUCUCAAGGGCUGCUGAAAAUUUCUGCUGCUCAUUGCAACGAAUAGUUCGUAGUGUCUAUGAAGAGACACAUAACGUGCUACUGAGGCCAUUACAGGAUGUUACCUUGAAUUUUACAUCAAUAGACCGUGGACUUUGUUGCAACGUCUUUUUCUUCAGAUAACUUGUUAUGUCAAAGUAUUUAAUAACUGCUAAGUAUUUGCUAUUUCAGUAUUUGUGGUAGAUAAAUGUACCCUGUAUGUAGAGGUACACUAUAAUAAAUGAUUAAAUUAUGAAUACAUGGCUCAGUUGUUGCAGUUCGGUCAGGGUAGUUCUAUUAGUGUCCUUAAACAACCGCACAAGAAGUAUAUUUUUACGUCAAAUUUGAUGGUGACAUUUACAAAGACAUUUCAAAGCAAAUCAACCAAUGAGAUAAGUAUCACAAACCGGAGAAACUGUUUGAGCAGCAUCACAUCUGAGUACUGACACCCCAUGUUCCGGGUUCAUCCAUCAUGGGCUGCGGUGAGGAUGAGCGGUCAAGCAGAGCGGCAGACUCUUAAUUGAGACGGGCAUGCAGGACGGGCCGUACCGGAGGGAAGAGAGAUCUGACCCCAACCACUGCCGGAGUUCAAAUACUCGAUAGACUGUGACAAAUCAUAAAAGCAUUUUUGGAAUGCCAACAGAUGAACUGUAGCAAACAACAGAGGAAGACUCAUUUGCGUUGAGUGGGCUGACGUCCGAGAGACAGCCGAACACAGCAGGCCGUGAUGCAGAUGAUGGUGUCGGAAACGUUCGCCGAUGAUGCUUUGGACAACAGACUGAUGAUGUUGUCAUGACAACAAUGGCGGUCUCACAUCAAAUACAAACUUUUCAGGCAAUCUUCUGUGUUGUCAAGGCUAUAUACAACAUUUAAUGCCACUCUGUUCUGUGCCUCUCAAUUUGCCUCACCUGGAGUUCCUGUGUUGUGCUGUGUCCAUCAGUCUGCUAAACAAGUAGAUUAAUGAUUAUUUAACUAAGCUGUGUGUAGUUCUAGCUUUGUAGAUGAAUAGAGUGGCCGAGCAUAUCUCUCCUGAGCUGCUGGUGCACUAGCUAGAACAGCUUUGUAUUACACUUAAAAUUUCAGUGCAACAAGCGAGCAAUUUAAUAACAACACAUCUGAGUGCUUUUUUAGCAACACAGCCUAUCUGGUUUGAACUCCUGGGUCUUCUUUCCAUCUUGGCUUUGACCUGAUGUACCCUAAAAAAUGUGAAUACAUAGGCCUACCCUGGACAAUCACUAUUAGCACAGGAAUGUGGGCCGAGAGACAACCGACUGGGUCUUCAUUAUAGACGUCAUCACUGAAUGUCUUUUUGUGAUUAAUAUUAGCUCACAUGCAGUAUCUACAUUUAAGAAUACCUGCAUGAUUAUGUCUUUUAUACAUGAUUCAUUAAUGUACGCUACAGCACCUUUGGUAACUUUGUGGUCUGUAUUCAGUUGAAUACAACCAAAUAUCUUAAAUACUCGAAAAGCAAUUA